GGUUGUCAGGAGGUGUCGUCAUGUGAUCAGCUGAUGCUCUCAGUUCAGAUUUGGUCGUCUCCUCGUCGAGCUGCAGACACACAAACUGGUGACAUGGAGCGCAAGCUGGAUCUUUCCCGUCUCACGGAUGAAGAGGCCAAACACGUUUGGGAGGUGAUUCAACGAGAUUUCAACCUCCGCAAGAAAGAAGAGGAGAGGCUCAGUGAGCUGAAGAUUAAGAUUGAGAAGGAGGACUCGAAGCGAGACCUGCUGGGUUCUCAGAGCAACCUGUCCGACUCGAUGUGUAUCCGCUGCCUGCAGCCCUUCAAGUUCCUGGUCAACAGCAAGCGCCAGUGUCUGGACUGCCACAUGUACACCUGCAAGUCCUGCAGCCGCUACAACAAGAAGGAGCACGGCUGGGUGUGCGACAACUGCCGCAUGAACAGGGUGCUGAAGAUCGGGACUCUGGGCUGGUACCACGACAACGUGAGAAACCGUUUCAAGCGCUUUGGUAGCGCCAAGGUGAUGAGGUCACUGUACAAGAGGCUGAAUGGAGAAGGUGGUCGUGAUGACGACACUCAGAGUAUGCCGGAUGUCCACAACCACGCAUAUAACGGCAAUGAGGACGAUCAAGGAGACUUCGAGGGUCAGCGCCACAAAGUGAUGAGGAAGAAUAAACGCCUGCUGUCUGUUCAUCCGAUGGACUUUGAUAACGAGGAUUAUCUGCCUCAGUCUCGCCGUCAGUCGCAGCAGCAGGACGAUCGGUAUUAUAGGAAUGAUGUGGACUAUGACUACCACAACCACCGAGGGAACCGCAGGAAGAGCCUGGACCGACACGCCAUGAGACCCGAUGAUUACGGGGAGAAUCGGGUGGUCCGGACUCGCUCUCUGUCCAAGAUCACCUCCUCGGUGGCUCGACAGCAGUAUGUCGACACAUCCGACGAGGAAGAGUACCAGAGGUACCCGCCCAUGUACCAACAGCCACCCCACCGCCGAAGGGGCAGCAGAACCUCCUCCCAGGAGAACCUGGGACAAGCCCAGCCCAUAAAUGAACUGAACAAACGAAUGUUAGCCAUCGAGAGUCUGCUGAGCCGCCUCGAGGAGAAAAUAACGCCUGGUGACGAGCAGCCAUUAAAUACACUGACUCAGAAUGAGGAGGAGAAGCUGAGAAGGAAGCUGAGCGAGCUAGCAGGAAACCUGAGUGAUAAGGGCCCAUCGUCAGAUGAUGAGGCCGGGAAGAAGUCCUCCUCUGUGGGUAAAGGUUUGGCCGGACUCAGGGGCGGCCCAGCAAUCGCUCUGAACUCUCUGAAGGACAAAGAACUGAGCUCAUCCAGUGAUGAGAUGCCCACUGAGGCUCAGAAGAGAUCGACCGCCGCCGCCCUCUGUGACCUCACCACUGAGGUCCUGAGAACCAUUAAUGCCACAGAAAACGCUAUGGUCGAGUACGGCCUCUCAGAGCCGAUCGACAGGUCCCACUUAGUUGGCACUGACGUAAAGCAGGCCGAUGAUGCGUUCAGGGAACUUGAGGAAAAUGUGUACAUCACGGCCGGUCAGUCCUAUGAGCUGGAGUCGAAGCUACGGCGGCUCGAGCAGAGCGCCAAGAAUCAUUUUGGAGGGACGACGGACUCGGAGCUGUCGGAGCUCGAGGACGUGGUGGCGCUGACUGCCGCCAGAGUCCAGAGCGCUGAGAGUGAGGUUUCUGAUAUUGAGAGUAAAAUCGCUGCUCUGAGUGCUGCUGGAUCCAGGAAGAAGGUUUCUGGAUCUCAGAGGAAAAAGCCCACUCAGGAUUUUCCCAAAGCUAACGGCGCUCAGUGGAAAUCCAGCAACAUGUUCUGAAGCUGAAGCUCACCUUCAGCAGCUGCUGCUCGCUCCUCUUCCUCAUGAAGCCUUCCUCAGUGCAAACGCUCACAACUUAAAAACCAGAGAAUCAAACCCAGAUCCAGAGAUGAUCUAUACGCAGUCUGACUCAGAAACAUUUCACCUCUUAAAGCUUUAACAUUUAAAUGAAAGGAGGCGGAGUCUGUUUCUCUGCUUUGGUGUUAGAGGUUUGAGAUUCACACACAGCAGAGCCAAACCACACAGUGUUUCUGUGAGAGCUGCAGAGGAUCACAUGAAGUUACAUCAAAAUAUUUAAACUGUGAGUCUGAAAUGUUUCUUUGCCACUGACAGAUUAUAAAAAUACAACUUUUAAAAUGUCUCAAUAUUUCUCAUAAAACCUGAUAAAUUUACAAAAGUUUGAUUCCUAAAGUUGAUUUUGUCUGAUUGGCUCAGAUUUAAUUGUGGCACCUCUGAGCUUUGAUCAGCGGUUUGUUGAUAUAAAUAAUCAUGUUCUUACUGGAUCAAUGUAUUGAUAGCUGAUAGUCUGGAUGAACAUUAUUGGUCAUCAGUAUUAAUCCUGUAGUUUCUUUGAUUUAUUGAUUAUAUUGGUCUGCAUUCAGCUUUCUGAUCAAUAAAAUAUCAAAUUCUGCA